AUGAAGGAGCUAAAGAAUAAACGAAAGGAAGACGAAGGGAAAGUGAAGGAAAGAAGGCAACGAAAGGGAAGAAUUAGACGACAAAGAGAAGGCGAGGAAAAGGAAGAAUUAGGCGAUGAAAGGAAAGGCGAUAAAAGGGAAGAGGAAGGUGACGAAAGAGAAGGAGAAGGAAGACGAAGAAAAAGUGAAGAGAAACAAGAUAACGAUAAAGGGAAAGAUAAAAGAAAAGAAUUAGAUGAUGAAGGCAAGAAGGAGGAUAAUGAAGAGGAAGGCAACGAAAGAAAGGAAAAAAAUUAA